UGAGCUGAGAUAUGGAGAGGGGUGAGAUUGGGAGCUCUCGAUUUUAAUAACAUCGCGCGGGAGAUAAAUUGAGGCAUCCAUUCCGUUCGCUUUGGUGGUGGUUCGAGCAUCUCGCGAGAUAACUGCGUAAUCAAAUUCACAGAUUUUCUUUUAAAAAUCAACAACCUCCGAUUGGACCCGGUGAUUAUUUUUGUGGCUUGCCAUGGGCUGUGCGCCCAGUAUUACUGUCUCACAAAGUGGAGUUGUUUAUUGCCGAGAUUCAGACGAGUCCAAUUCUCCGAGACCGUCGUCUUUUGGGGUACAGCAGCAUCUUCAAGUCCGGACCGCCGGCGGGUCCGGCGGAGCGGACGCGGGGCUGGAGGUAACAAGUUCAUCGAGUACGACAGGUGGAGGAGGGACAAUUAGUAUGAUACAUGGCCGUAUGGAUCGGCGAGGAACUAUUAGCAUUGAGGCUGAGACACAGACAAGUAGAUCAACAGUCACAAUGAAGGGCUCAGCCAACCAAGUAACACUAGGGCCAAUGAGGCUUUCUCACCCCACUAUGCAAAUCAUGUUGGUGUUUGCGAAAGAGGAUGCUCAAAGCGAUGGUUUCUGGUGGGCUGCGGACAAAGGAGGCUACAAGUGUAACAUAGUGAGGAACCCAACGGAUGCUUUAGAGUGCUUUCUUGAGAAGCAGCAUGACGUCGUCAUCAUUGACAACAGGACCACCAAAGGAUUCAAUGCGGUGGCACUCUGCAGGUCAAUACGGGCUACUAAACCCAGUGAACACACAAUCAUUGUUGCUGUUACCAAACAGAAUCCAUUAGACAAGGAUGAGCCUUCCAUCAUGCCACUCAUUAGCGCUGGAUUCAACAGAAGAUAUGACGAGAAUGCAAACACCGGAGCGUGUCUCAAUGAACUCUUACAGAUCGAGUUUGGAGAAUUCAGGUCACAAUUCAAACUCAAGGCCACAAACUCGUUGUUUGCUGCACUGGAGAACAGCUCAGAUGCCAUCCAGAUCACGAGUGAGAACAGAACAGUGCAGUAUGUCAACCCAGCCUAUGAGAGGAUCUCGGGCUAUACCAACGAUGAGGUCAUAGGUCACGAAAUGGAAGACAUGCCGAGAUGCGACAAGAACAAAGUAGAACUCAUUGAUGGCAUCUAUUCACAACUCAAGAAGGGGAAGUCAUGGGAAGGAAUGUUGUAUUCUAAGAAGAGGAAUGGAGAAAGUAUUCCUCAAAUUGUUUACAUUGCACCAGUAAUUGGCUACGGAGGGAAAGUACGGCACCAUGUUUUUAAUAAGCGCUUUCCAGCACAACCCACGAAUGGUCCUACAGUAUUCAGUCAAGAGUUACAACACAAUGUUGAUAAAAUGGGUCAAGAUUUCGCUAAUGGUCACCAAGGACUUAAUAGAAGACAAUCUGUUGCUAGGAUACAUUCCAUGACAAUAGAAGCUCCCAUCACAAAGGUUAUCAACAUCAUCAACACAGCCCAAGAGAACAGUCCUAGCACCGUGGUUCAGGCCUUGGACCGGGUCCUGGACAUCUUAAGGUCCUCAGAACUCUACAACCCAGCCCAGGUCAGGGAAGAUGAUCAGAUUACAACAGACCUCGUCGGAGGACUUAUGGCUCAUGGAACAUAUGCAGGCAAGAGAAAGCUGUCAGGUCCUGAAGUAGCACUGUGCAAAAGUGCAGCAUCUAAUAACAGUUCAUCGUCACCUUUCACCCACCUAAGUCAAGCUCCGACUGAAGUUCUCAAGCUUCUAGAACAGGAUGCAUCCUGGAGCUACCAGAUCCUUGAGGUGGAGAGAAUAACCCAACAUCGGCCUUUGUUAUUCACCGGUCUCAAGGUCUUUUCAAGGUUUGGCGUGUGUAACUUCCUUGGCAUCUCCGAAACUGUACUCAGGAACUGGUUGCAGGUCAUAGAGAGUAACUACCACAGCAGCAACCCCUACCACAACUCGUCACAUGCUGCCGAUGUGUUGCAAGCAACAGCUUAUUUCCUCGGAAAAGACAAAAUGCAAUCAUGUUUUGAGACGGCAGAUCAUGUAGCAGCAUUGAUAGCAGCCGCUGUUCAUGAUGUUGAUCACCCCGGCAAGACAAACUCCUUUCUCUGUAAUGCUGGAAGUGAACUUGCUAUUCUAUACAAUGACACGGCGGUUCUUGAGAGCCAUCAUUCAGCUCUGGCAUUUCAGCUUACAACAAAAGAAGACAGAUGUAAUAUAUUCAAAGAACUGGACAGAGAUGAUUUCCGAGCACUACGUCAUUCCAUCAUUGAUAUGAUCCUGGCUACAGAGAUGACUAAACACUUUGAGCAUCUCUCUAAGUUUGUGAACUGCAUCAACAAGCCUGGAGCAAGGGAAGGAGAUGAUUCAUCAUCCCUGCAGAGUGGUGGUAGAAGCACCCCAGACACCAUGACCCUAUCUACCCCAGAGAACAGGGCUCUAGUCAGGCGUAUGCUCAUCAAGUGUGCUGAUGUAGCUAAUCCUACAAGGCCUCUGGAGCUGUGUAAAGAAUGGGCCAGGAGAAUAUCACAAGAAUACUUCAAUCAGACUGAUGAGGAGAAGAGACGAGGUUUACCGGUUGUUAUGCCUGUGUUUGACAGAACCGUUUGCAGUAUUCCCAAAUCACAAAUCUCCUUCAUAGACUACUUCAUCAUGGACAUGUUUGAGGCUUGGGAUUCUUUUGCCGACUGCCCUGAGCUUAUGGAGCAUUUACAGAUCAACUACGUCUACUGGAAAGGGGAGGAAGAAAAGGAACGGGAAAAGAAGAUGAAAGAAAAAGAAAAUGAAAAGGGUGAUGAUGAAAAAGAAUGAUUUACUUUCAAGGGUUCACCUUUCUUUGGUUAUUGAUUUUCAGCAUUUUUUGUUCAACUUCUUGAAGGUUCUACUAGUACUCAACUCAUUUCGAGUAUCCAUGCUUACGAUGAUCAGUUAUGAUCAAGUUUGCAUUGAAGAGUAUAAAAUAUUACAUGUGCUAUUUUUACUUUCAAAGAAUGGGAGAAAAAUUUUGAUUUAUUUACUAAAAUAUAUCAGCAGGGAUGUCUAUUUUCAGAUAAAUCCUGAAUUCAGGCCCAGGAAUCUUAUUUCCAAGCCAGAGAAAGCAACAUUUUGUGUGCAAAAUGGCCUACUCUAGAUGAUUUUCAAGAUUCAUAUCAAUUGUAAGUGGCAUUCCUCUAUUUUUUUAUUUUUCAUUUUUGUAUUGUAGCAGGGAUAACUUGGUGCAGUAGGUUUAUUGCCCGAAGGUGCUUGCUGAAAUGAUAUACCUGAUAGGAGUAUUCAUAAAGCUAACUAUAAAGAUGUUGAAAAAAUAUCAAUGCUGUUAAUUAAUCAAUCGUAAGUCAAUUUUAGGCCCAAAAAUCAAUUUGCAAAUUGGAUUUUGGUCUACUUGUAAUAAAAUGACUAAAUUGAUUUACUAUUGCUCAACUUGAUCCAGUAAUUGCCAUUUCAGUUGACAAAUUUACACUUGAUUUCAUAUGAUUUUCUUGCAAUAUCCCUAUUUUUUAUCUCUCUCAUGAUGCUUAUUGUUUUGUGAAAUGGUUGCUACAUUAGUAUUUAUGGUAAACCCAUUCAUAUGUAUGCCAUGCAAAGUGAGAUACUCAUAUGGUACCCUUUUAUACAUAGUUAAAAGAUGACCUACAUGUAUGUACACUUGAGAAGAUAUCUAUGAUUAUGAAUUUAUGAUCGAUUGUAAGGUUAUAACAGAAGUGUAAUA